UUUCCCGGCGUCGCUGCCAGGGUUGAUAAGACAGAUCGGUGCGCCUUGGUGCUCUAUGACUAUAUAAAGCGGAUAGUUCUCAACACUCAGCAUCAGUUGUCAACUGCAAAUUCUUUGGAGUCAAGCUCAGCAUUCAACCACAAAAACCAACAACAUGAAAUUCCUAUCACUCGCCUUCGUUCUGGGUCUGCUGGCUCUGGCCAACGCCACUCCACUGACUCCUGGCAAUGUCAUCAUCAACGGCGAUUGCCGCGUCUGCAAUGUGAGGGCCUAAGGGCAGCGGAGAAGGAAGGAUGCCAGUUGAAGUUCACACAGCCACACAUAUUUUUAAGUCGAAAAUGUAAUUGAAAUUCCCAGAAUCAAGUGCCCAUAUUAAAAAAAUAUUCCAGACAAA